AUGGGUGCGUCUGUCUCUUCCCCCAACAUGGCUUGGAAUAGUUUGCUGAAAUGCUCUGGGAUAUAUUCACAGUUCUGUAAUGCUUGUGCAAGGGAACUCAAGUGCUCAAAGAAGUACUGUGCGCUGGCCAAGCUGGAGCCUGGGUUGUGCGUAUUGGAUCCGCGCAAGGGUCGAUCAUCAACGACGCCAGAGUCUGUCGACAGCCCUGCUAGCGGCCUGCCAAAGGUUCACAUUGACCCUUGCCUGUUUGAUGAGAGUGCAGGGAUUGUGAGUGGCAGCGCUUUACCGGCUGCUCACAGUACGGCCACCCGUCCACCAAGAAGUCAAUCAUUUCCUGUAGACAACGAAGGCGAUUACCAGAUGGGCGCGCUUGCGCCGGGGCUUUCAUUUGCCCUUGAUUUUUGUCUCUCUCCUCAAGUAUUACGAAAGGACGCCCUUCCAACCGCCCAUCACUUUCCCCUUAGCUCCCCCUCUCUUGUCCACCCAUCACUCCCAUCGUCAGCAACGUUACCAUCGCCACCAAGCCCAGUGAAGGCCGGGGACACUGCGAGUUCGGUCUUUGAACACAUAGACUUCUUCCCGACUGCAAGGGCUUCUCAACCACCCAAGACACCGUUGCCUUUAUCUCCCGUCUAUACUUGCCCUUCAACCACCCAAGACACCGUUGCCUUUAUCUCCCGUCUAUACUUGCCCUUCAACCAGCAGCCUGGCAACGUUGACAUCCCUUAUUACCAAUGA